AGUGCAAUAGCCAAAUCGAACCUCAUCAAGCCAUAUCUGCGUACGUUGGCUAACGGUGAAGAGGUGCUAUUCGAUAUAGCUCAAGGUCCUAAAGGCUAUCAGGCCGUCAACGUGUCCGGUCCAAAUGGUGAAAAUGUACCGGCUCAGUGCCUCUUUCUCCUGCCUUAA